UUUUAAAUUUCAGAUUUUAACAUACCGUGUGUUGGCAGUUUUAUUACAGUACUGGAGAAGCUUUCAGUUGAUGUUACUUCUUUAAUUCCCAAGUCUUAAAAUUUCCACACAGCUGAAGAACCGGUAUUACUAGAGUUAAAGUACUGGUCACAAUAAAGAAGCAAUUCACGAAGAAGAUCCAUGAUCCACUACAGUGGAAAUUAAGCUAGCUGUCUGAAUGGAAAAAGCCGAUAUUGAGUUAGAAGGAAAAGAUAUCAUUGGGCAUACUGUCAAAUUUCUAGUUGAUUGUAAAGAAAAUGGAGAGAUUUUGGACAAUCAAGUUCCACCAUCAAUUUACAUUGUUCCUAGUGCGUUCCGAGAUCUCAGCCCAAGUUCUUUUAAUCCUAGGGUGGUCUCUAUUGGACCUCUUCAUAAACAAGAUGAAAAUUUGAAAGGAUUUGAAGUUCAAAAAAAGAGUUAUUUACACAAUUUGUUGCAACGCUGUGUUCCAAAGCAAACUUUGCAAGAUGAACAUAGUGUUGCAAUUAAGCAAAUGCUGCAAGAAUGUGCAGAGAAGGUGACUCGUUCAAUACAAAGAAUCAAGGCCUCUUAUGGAGGAUUGACAACCUGUAGCGAUUUUGAGCUUGCUGAGAUGAUGGUAAUAGAUGGUUGUUUCAUACUUGAGUUUGGUGCGCGUCUUUUAGAGUUAUCAUCUAAGAGUAACAAAUUGAUUACUCAAUCGAUAAUGUUUGACUUGAUGCUGAUAGAAAACCAAAUCCCGUUUUUUGUUCUUGAAAACAUCUUUGAGUGUACUCUUUUGAAAUCCAUACCAAAUGCCUCUCUUACCACAUAUAUCCAAGAAAUUCUAAAAUAUUAUUCCUACAUCUUUGUAGGAAAUCUUGUAGCACCCAAUGUCAGCUCAGAUUCCACUCAUGAUCAUCUUCUUGGCUUAUUACACAAAAAUUACCAGCCUUCGAAACCGAUACAAGCAAUGUUUUUACCAGAUCCAAAAGGCCACUCGGCCAUGGAUUUGUAUAGGGCAGGGAUAAACUUCAAGCCUAAUGAAGAUCAAGAUUGGGGACUGGCCAUGAAACUAGAAGUGCCCUCACCUUUGUUUUCAUGGAUUCCAAUUUUUAUGGCAAUUCCCCAAAUUCCAUGGCUCCAAUGGCCUACUCUGAAGAUGCCCAUAAUGCGUAUAAAUGAUUCGACUGAAUUGAUUUUAAGGAACCUCAUUAUAUAUGAGCAGUUUUCUAAUGUUGGGAAAUAUAUUACAUCAUAUGUCUGUGCCAUGGAUUUGCUAAUCGAUACUCCACAGGAUGUUGCUCGUUUGGUAAAAUCUAAAGUUCUUAUCAAUCAUUUAGGUUCGAAUGACCAUGCUGCAAAUAUGAUAAACAACAUUUGCAAAGAAGUUCUGCUCUUAGAAUUUGUUUACCAUGAACAAUGGAAAGAUUUAGAUGCCUACUACAAUAGAUACUGGCCCUAUACUAUUUCAGGGUUGAGGCGUACGUAUUUCAAGAAUCCCUGGAAUAUCAUUGCUCUAAUUGCUGCAUUCGUCCUGUUUGCUCUUACCGUGGUUCAGACCAUCUUUACUGUCAACCCCAAAUAAUCCAACAAUUACAUUUUAAGUGCUUUUUCAUCUUUUGGUUGUUCACGCUUUUACUUGUACCUAUUUAUUUUUCUGUAAUAAGUCUCCCAUAUUCAACAUGCAUAAGUUUGAUAUAUGUAUGACAUUACGCUGCUGACUUUCAUUACUUUAUUUUGAAACUGUCUGGUUAAACAUUCCGGACUUCAAUAUAUGAA